AUGGCAGCAGACAGCGCCAUGGCUCCUGAAGAAAAGCCGAGCACCACUCCUGGGAAAAGGGCUGUCCACAAGAUCCGAAUGGCCAGCAUGGUCUUCAGCUUGGCGCGAGGUUGGCAGCAGUGGGUAUCUGACCACCAUGUAAAGCAAGCCCAAGAGCCCUCUGGAUGGGUUCCCCCUACAGAAGACUCAUCAGCCCAGCCUGUAGAAGAAAGAUCAUUUGAAAAAUGGCCAAUGCCACCUGUCAAGAAGGACCAAGGAAAAGAUGAUGCAAAAUCCUCAGCAAAGGGAUCAGUAACAAUAAGAGAAGCUGAAAAAAAUUCAAGGGAAUCAGAUGAAGCCCUCAAAAAGUUCAGCAUUAAAAGCAAAGAGGUGACCAAAACAGUUGUAAGCAAAGCCUAUGAAAGAGGAGGUGAUGUUAGCCUCCUCAGUGAAAGAUAUGAGAACAGCAAUAGCAGCUCAGAGAUGACUAAACUCAAAGAAGAAUCCAGUGCUAUUGACAAAAUUCUUAGUGGCAAAUUAUCUCCAACCAUAAGGAGAAAGUGUUCAAACAUGGUAUCAGAGCUGACCAAGGGCUGGAAACAGGUGGAACAAGAUGACAGACAAGGGGCUAAGAAAGAACUGCUGCUUAAGUGUCAUGAUGACAGCCUGGAUGCAGAGGACAGUGGCUAUGGAGAAGCAGAGGACAAACUUGAGCCAGAAGACAGUGACCGAGAGGUGAUGGCUGUGAGGAUUAAACGACCUGUGCCAUCUCUCGCAAACAGGAUUAGUGAAGAAGCACGCACCAAAGCCCAGAGGAAAUACAGCCCUGUCAAUAGCCUGAAGGACAAAUGGCAAGAAUGGAGUGACCAGCACACCAUGUCACAGAAACUGAAUCCCUUCAGCGAGGAAUUUGACCAUGAGCUGUCCAUGUCCACACGCCUGCACAAAGGAGAUGAAGGCUACGGCCGUCCAAAGGAAGGAACCAAAACUGCCGAAAGAGCCAAAAAAGCUGAGGCCCACAUCCACCGGGAGAUUAGGGACAUGUGCUUCAUCAUUGAAUCCAUGGCUAAGCCACGGCCUGACGGGAAGAUCCAAGUUACGUUUGGGGAACUCUUUGAGAGAUAUGUUCGUAUUUCAGAUAAGGUUGUUGGGAUUCUCCUGAGAGCCAGGAAACACGGGCUAGUAGACUUUGAGGGAGAAAUGUUAUGGCAAGGAAGGGAUGAUAAUGUCAUAAUUACUUUAUUAAAAUAAGCAUGCGACAACCAGAACAACUUGUUUUGGAAAACGUUUCUCCACUUCUCCCUUGCUAUUAGCAUUUUUUGCACAUUUUGAAUACAAGAUUCAUCACACAGAAAUGACAUUGAUCAUUUUUCUAAAUAUGUAUUUUAUAACUACUCCAUGGUAACGUAAGCAUGC